AUGAACCAAAAAGAUGUUUUGAAUGAAGAAUAUAACAUAUUACAAUCACAUUAUUUUAAUUGCAUUUAUUCAAAUUAUUUUGCAUUUGCGAAUCGAUUUAGUUGUGAUUUAACGUUAUGUAAAACAGUAGGAGAACAUUUACGAGGAAAUUUACAAGAUCAAUAUUCCAAUAUAAUAGUUGAAGUUUUAACAUUAACAGAUAGAAUUCUUCCUUUUAUAUCGAUGUUAAUACAAUGGGAAAUUCUUCAUACAAAUAAUAAAGAAAAUUUAUUAAGAGGAAAUAAUUUAUGUACAAAAGUGGUGACAUAUUAUCUUAAAAGAACAUUAAGAGGGUUUGCAAGAAAAGUAUUAACUCCACAUAUUACAGAAAUUAUUGAAACCAAUAAAUCAUAUGAAAUUGAUAAAAUAACAUUAGGAAAUACUAUUGAUAAAAGUAUUAUUAAAGAAAAUCAAAAUAAUUUAAAAUGUAUUAGUAUUAAAAUUAUUGAUUCGUUAGUUCAAAAUGUUCAUCAAUUUCCAAAAGAAACAAAUACUAUUUGUAAUCUUAUUUGGACUUCAUUACAAGGAAAAUAUCCUGAUGAUGCCAAAUUACCUUCUCAAUUAGUUGGAGGUAUUCUUUUUUUAAGAGUAUUAUCUUCCUUUAUAGCUACUCCUGACACAAAUAAUUUAUUACUUCCAGGAACUAAAUUGACACCUUCUUCUAGAAGAAAAUUAAUUUUAGUUUCAAAAACUCUUCAAGCUAUUUCAAAUGUUUCAACAAAUUCAUUCGACUCUGUUUUAGAACAAAUGAAAGAAGUUCUUAUUCAACAAAUUCCUCGUCUUCAUGAAUUAUAUAGAAUUGUAUCUCUUGACUCUACAAUAUUACCAAUAAAUGAUUUUAUAUCAAAAGAUAUUCCAUUACGUCAAUGCGAUAUUAAUAUAUUUUUCUCUUUACAUUAUUUAUUUAAUCAAGCAAAAGAUAAUCAUUUAAUUUCUCCUCAAAACAGAACAGAGUUAAGACUCUCUUUAAAUCCAAAAUACUCAAAUUCUAUGGCACAAAUUGAUUUUAAUCAAAUUAAAGAAAAUGAUUCUAAAAUUUCUUCUUCUUCAUUUAGAAAAAGAGUUUUUCCUUUAAAAAGUCCUCAAAGAAUUGAAAAAUCAAAUGAUAUUUUUUCUUCAGACAUAAAACCAAUUAAAAAGAAAGAUUUAAUUGUUUGUGAAAUAGAAAACACUGAAGAAAAAUCUAAUGAAAAUGAAAUUCAACAAAAUAACUUACCUCCUUUCCUUCUUCAAAAACCUUCAUCUCCAAAACCUUUACAAGAACCUUCAAAAAGAAGAAGUUAUAGAAGAUCAUUAUAUGGAGGAACAAUUGAUAUAGAUUCUUCUUAUAAAGACUUAUCUAAUUUAAUUGGACCAACUCCAUUUGAACCAAUAAAAUCAAUUAAAAAAGUUAUUGAAUGGGAAAUACCAGAAAUUGAUGAAGAUAUUCAAAAUGAAUUUAUUAAAAAAUUAUAUGAAUCUUGUUUUUAUCGUUCUAUGUUGGAUAAUAAUUGUUUAGUUGUUUAUGCAGAAAAUAUUAUUAUUAAAAAAGGUAAAAAAAUUAUUGGAAACAGUUGUACUCUUAUGAUUUGUUUAGAUAGUUUUAUUGUAAAAAAAGGUAAUGAAAUUGAAUUGUCUAUUGGGUUCGCUGCUAUAGAAAGAGUAAGUGUAUUACCAUAUAACGAUUUAACUUCUAAAAUUCAAAUUUGUUAUAAGAAUGUAAAAGAUCCAUUAUUAAAUAGUAUUAUUAAAGAAUGGUUAAUUGAAAAGAAAAAUGAACAAAUUAGAGAGAAAUUAAAUUAUAUGAUAGAAAAGUUUAAUGAAACAAAAAAUCAAAUGUAA